AACUGGUUUCGAAGAAAAUGUCGGUGAUCACAGAUUCAAUAGACCUCGAGAAGGAGUACUCGCCGAGUAUGUGGUCUACAAGGUUCUCCACGGCGCAGGAGGUGCUGCAACAUCAUGUACAAUUUGUCACUGCAGCCAGCGAAAAGGCAACCAAUAACAUUCCCCAUAAAUUGGAAAUCGAAUAUGGUUCUACCCCCGGGCAGAAAUUGGACAUUUUGGGCACAGAUUUGCCAAACGAUUCCCCCAUACUGGUAUACGUUCAUGGCGGUUACUGGCAAGAGCUAUCCCGGGAGGUGUCCAGGUAUCCAGCACAGCCUCUGUACCGUUCCCGUAUCAAGACCAUCGUGAUUGGCUACGAUCUGUGCCCGGCCUUCACCUUGCCCGAACUAGUGCACCAGGUCGAGAAAGCUGCAAGAUUCGUAUUUGAAUACGCCGAGAAGAUGGGUUCAAGAGGCGUCUACUUCGCGGGUCACUCGGCGGGUGCUCACCUAGUGGCGAAGCUGCUCAGCAACGCCGACUUCUUCGAGAACAAUCCGGGCUCGCGUCUCUUGCAAGGAGCAUUCCUCAUAUCGGGAGUGUACGAUUUACGAGAACUGGUCCACACGUCAGUGAACGACGCGGUACAGCUUCCGCACGAGUGGGCGGUGCCCCUGUCACCGCUGUUCGAUUGCUUCACGCAUCUGCAGGCGAGGAGGACCAGGGUUUACAUCCUCGCCGCGCAAAACGACAGCCCCGCCUUCAAGAAGCAGUCGAGGGAGUUCUACGAGCUCCUCCACAACACCUGCUUGAUGCAACACAUGUAUUUGGAGAUAAAAGACGACCUCGAUCACUUCGAUAUCGUGGAGUGCCUCGCCGAAGAGGACAACUACCUUAAGAACCUGAUGGUGCACGACGUGCGGAAACACCUG